CUUGGGGGCAGCAGAAACAAGUGUUAUACGAGUGGCGUAGUCUCUUUAAGAAAUAGCCCAGUGCAUAGGAAGUGCGCAUGACGCAUGUGUGUGGUCGAGCGAGAGCGAGAGAGCGAGCGGGUGUGACUGUGUAAGAGGCGACCGGAGCAGUAAGAGAGAGUUAAGUUAGCAGUUAGCUGUGACAGUAAUAGUACAGUGUAUGUACAGUUGGAGCUGUUCUGGCAGAGAAUAAAUGCUGCAACUCCUCAAGAUUGAAGCUGAGUUCCCGUUUCUUGCUUGCUACCUGUUGAUAAAGUGGAGGGAGUUAACCCCGAAGUUAGCGGUGACUUCGGCCCUGGAGCAGUAAACUAAGUCUCCCCUGUGCUUCCCGACCACGGUCUGGACGCUGAAGCAGGAAAGGUUAACACAAGCUUUCAACACAUAUUAUCAUCUUCUAAAGUUGAUUGUGUCGACCUUGUUAGCUAAGUUGCUUAUUUACAUUUCUAGCUGAUACCAAGUUAACAUUAGCAUUCAUUUGGAGUCCUGCUCAUGUCCACCUGAUGAAUGUAAGUCUAAUAUUCUCUCUCUUUUCACAGUUGCUUUGUUUUGUUCCAGACUUGGUCCUGAGUAAAGUGUCUGGCUCUUCAGCUGCUAAAUGUUCUGUGUUCAUCAGCUAGAUGCUAACGUUAUCGGCCUCCUGUUUGGUGCUGAGUAGGUACAGUGAAUUUUUAGAGCCUUGGAAACAACAGUGGCGCCAACUGUAUCUAUUUUGUAUACUGUUUGGCAAUUUACUGUAUGACAAUGCAUUGUAUUUUAUAUGCUCAUUAAAGAUGUUUUAAAUAUUAAGCUGCAAAGUAACCAGUAGCCUAACUAUAGGUGUGUAUUUAGUGGAGUGAAAAGUACAACAUGCUGAAAUGUAUUGAAGUAGAAGUGUAAAGUGACAUAAAACGGAAAUACUCAAGUAAAGUACAAGUAUGUUUUUUCAGUAAUUCUGCAUAGUUACUUUAUAUUACUGCCCUUCAUUAACUAAAUGUCUGUGCUAUUAUUGAACAUUUACGGGAAAAAUAUACAUUGUUUCUUUGCAUCCAUGGAGACAGGGUUGGUUUGACAACAAAACAACAAAACCAGGCUGAAUGGUUGAAUACUGUAUGGUCUACUCAGAAGUGUUUGUGACAGACACACACACACACACACACACACACAGAGAGAGAGAGAGAGACAGAGAGACAGAGAGAUCAUGUUCAUGUGUUAGCUAGCAACGACAGUCCACUAUCCCAGUGUUGUUUGUCACUCUCCUGUCUCUCUCCUCAGACACAUACACACACACACACACACACACAUCAGUUUCACCCAGUAUGUCCAAGCUAAUGCCUCUUCAACCUGGACUGGGGCAACUGGUCAUUGGCCCACGUCCCAGCACGGUCCUGAGCACCACACAUUCCUCCACACGCAGACAGACAGGUGGGAGAUCCUGGCAGACAUGGAUCCACACAGACAGAGCCUGCCCAGUGACCUCCCAUCCAGGCCAGCAGUUCACUCUGGGGAUGAUGGAGCCCCUAAUCCAUGAUAGACUGCCGCACAUCAAGUCAGCCUUCAUGGCUUUGGACCCUGACAGGACAGGCCUGGUGAGGAAAGAGGAGUUCAGACGUGUCCUGAAGAGCCGUCUAUCUGUCAGCCAUAACCAGCUCAACACCCUCCUGGACAAGCUGUGUGAGAGGAGCGGUGCGACAGUGGACUACAUGCAGUUUCUGAGGAGGUUUAGCCGAGCUCCCACGGCCCACAGAGCCUGCAGCAGCCUCAGCGUGAGACGUGGUCCACAGAACACUUCCAUGUCCCUGUCUGAGAUGCAGAAGCAUCUCAAAGAUAAGAUCGGAGGCAACCUGAGGACCGUGAUCAGAGUGUUCCGUCUGUUUGACUACAACCGAGAAGGACACAUCCAACAGCACGAGUUCCGCCGCAUCCUGGACAGCUACCUCAUCCACCUGACAGACAAGGAGUUUCACAGGUUGUGGAGUCAUUACAGUCCCAAUAACAUGGCCACCAUUUCCUAUGUACUAUUCCUGGAUAAACUUGGUUUUGGCAACAGCCAUAACUUCAACAUCACACCAGUCUGCACUAAGCUAGAGGUAUCCAGUCGACGGACAACACCACCUGAGAAAGUCAAACAGAGGAAACAGAGACCAGAAUCUCAGUCCAGCUCAUGCAUUGCACCAUCAGUCCUUCCACACAGGAAGCUGCAGACUCUCUUCUACGACAAGCUGUGUAUGAACUCGACCCCGGUGUGGCAAGCGCUGCAGGCCUUUGACACCACCCACUCUGGCCUGGUAAAACAGGAUGUCCUCAGGGCUGUUCUCAACAGCUUUAUAUUUCCCAUGAACACUCAUUCCUUCCAGAAGCUGACCAGCCGGUAUGGUGUAAAAGCAACAGGGCCGGUGAGAUGGAAACACUUCCUGGGAAACUUCAUGAGCCCGGGCAAAGAAGAGGGCGAUACAAAUCUUCACACUCAUAGGACCUCUGACCAGCCUUUCCAAGAUAAAGACAAUUUGGAUCUCCUGGACAUUUACCCACGUCUGAAAGAGAUCUUCCAUCAGAACAGGAAGGAGGUAGGUUGGAUCACCAGGGCAGACCUGCGACACUUGCUAGAGAGACCAGGUGGGAGCCAACCCAAGACCCCCCAGCCCCGCCUUCGCAAUACACAGAUCACACAGCUGCUCAAUGUACUGGACCCAGAUCACAGCGGGGUCAUCCAGCUGGCCAGUCUGGAGAGACUCAACCCCAGCGUCCCCUUUGCUACCUCCCCUGGUAACAAUGCUGAGCCGCUGAACGAGGAGACAGAUCCCACCUCUACUGUAUGCGAGGAGCGGAAAACAGCAGAUGAGAGGCAGACCACGCAAUGGGCUGAUAAGGUAUCUCUGGCAUCUGCUUCAUGGAGAACAGUGGAGAGUCUGCUGCUGGAGAAGCUGUGUGAGCAGAUCGGUUCAGUCCUGGCAGCUCUGAAGGUGUGUGACCCUCAGCACACUGGAUAUGUCAAACAGGAGGAUCUGAAGAGGGUUUUCAGCCACUAUGGCUUGCCCAUCUCCGACAAACACUUCGACAAGCUCUGCGAGUCCUCCUCCAGCUCUACACCUGGCAGCACUUCUAGGUUGGUUUCCUACAGUGACUUACUGAGAAACCUGGCAGCACCACUAACAGAUGAAAGCACAUCUUCAUCCUGCCGCUCCCAUGAGAGGAGCAACCAUACUGAGAGGCCACGCACAUCACCUGAGUUGACCCUGCAGUCAGUCAGGGCACAGCCGCCUCCCUCCAGUCUGCAGGGUGGUCCAGACAACUGCAGCAUCUUGGAUGUUGUUUUCAAGAGGCUGCGAUCGAGAUUAGAGCAAUGUCACACGAGACUCACAGAUCGCAUCCAGGCCAUCACCCACAGUUCUGAUGGGACGCUGUUAGAGGCAGAUAUACGGAAGAUACUAGAGGACAGCUGGGUCAUCUUGGACGAUAAGAAUUUCAACAAAUUUACCAAACUGCUCGGCCUCACAGACGGAAGGAUCGAGUGUGCAGUGUUCCAGGGGAAGUAUGAGGAGGCCACAGCCAGAGAUAGGCAGCAGGGCUCUGAAGGUCAUGGUAAAAAGGAUGAGGUCGUCACCCUGCUCACUUCUGCUGAGCAGUGCCUGGCUUCCAUGAAGACCAGGAUCAAGCUCAUCCAUGAGGACAACCUGACAGCCUUCCGCCUGAUGGACAGGAGACGUAGAGGUGUGGUGGACUGCCAUGAUUUCAAAGUGCUGUACAACAGCCUGGGAUUUUUCUGCAGGGAAGGAGAGUACCAGCGGCUGCUGGAUCUGAUUGGCCUGCAGUCUGGACGCAACCUCAAUUAUGCAGAAUUCGUCAAUGUUGUAGAAAAUAAUGGCAAACAAGGGACACAAACUGCUACUGUACAAGAGCAGCUCCAUGAUCUGCUGGCCUGUGAGGCACGCUACAAGUGGGCAGACAUGUCUAAGGUGCUGUGUCAUUUUGACACUGAUGGCCAGGGUUGGAUCCAUAAAAAGAGCUUGAGAGAUCUACUCUUCACUUAUGCUCUUCCCUUAAGAUCCAAUGAGUUUGAACAGCUUUGGUUGAGGUAUGACCCAGAGGGGCAGGGGUCUGUGGCGGUUUGUGACUUCCUGGAAAGACUGGGGUUUCAUCAUGAUGUAGAACUGAGACAAGUUCUGCAGGAUAACCACAAGGGGCUGAGUGAUGCUCUGACUUGCCUAGAAAGAAGAGGAGAUGGCACAGUGACAGUAGAGGAGCUGCUGAACCUCUUACACACCUUCAGAUGCUUCAUCCAGAGAGAGCAGCUCAUAAAUCACCUCCGCAGGCUCAAGGUUUCCAUGAAUGAUAACAACAGGAGGAUAUCUUACAUGGACUUGCUGUCUGUGUUUAACCAUAAAGCAGAGAAGAAGCAUGAGCCUCCUCCGUCUUCCCCUGAGGCCAUGUGCCAGAUAGAGUCUUUGGACGGCCUCAGCCCAGGAAUGGCUCUGGCAAGGAUGCAGGAACUAGUCACUGCCUCAGCACCUAACCUGUUUAAGGCAUUCUCGGCCUUCGACCAGAGCAGUACAGGGACGGUCAAAGCUCUUGACUUUCGUCAGGUCCUGGAGAAUUUUUGUGCCCGUCUAUCAGACAAACAAUACAGACACAUGCUGACCAAACUGGAGUUAAACAGUGAGAACUGCACUGUUAAUUGGAAGGACUUCCUCAACAAGUUUCAGUCACAGAGCCCCAAGAUGUCAGAGAGGUGCCUGAGUAGGGCCGGGGAGAAAGGGACUAAAACCAGAUCCGACACCUCUGGAACCACUGCAGUUCUCCAGCAGAUCCAGGAAGUUAUCUCAGGCCACUUGUAUGAAAUCACCAAAGAGCUGAUGGAUUUGGACCACUCCAACAGCAGCACAAUAUCUAAAGAGCAGUUCAGACAGCUUUGUAACCGCCACUGCCUGAGACUCACAAAUGAUCAGUUUGAGUGUGUAUGGAGUCAGAUGCCCGUGAAUAAGCAGGGGAAGCUGCAGUACAGAGAGUUUCUGAAGCGAUUUGGUGCACUGGGCAGGACCGCCCACACAGAGGCACAAAGUCUCACCAACAACAUCCCGAGGCCUUUCCCCGACCCCCAAGAAAUAGCCUCAGCAACAGAGUCUUGUUGCCCAAACACUGUAGGUGCCAUUCUGCAACGCACCAAGUCUGCCCCCCAGUGCACCUCCAAGCAUCCUGCCUCAGUGGGGAGGCCAGGAACAGGAAGCCCGCUGGGCAUCACGGAGAGGAGGCUGCGUGGGGCGGUGCAACGCUGCUGGAAGGAGAUCCAGAGGAACUGCAGCGAGGAAGAUCCUCAGCGAGAGGGACACAUCAGCACUGUCUCCUUCCUGGAGAUCCUCCAGUCUCUCAAUAUAAACCUGAGUCAGGUGCAGUUUGAGCAUCUGGCUAUGAAGUUCGACAUCAUGAAUAACGGUGGUGUUUCAUAUCACAACUUCCUUCGUCACUUCCUGCUGAACCUCAGACCAGCAGAGACCAAGCGGACGUUUGAGCGUUGUAAACUCCCUCUUCCUGUUACACCGACGAGCCAGGGCGUUCUGAGUAAAGACUGCGUGGAGGUCAUGCUGAGGAUCUACGAGGCCGUUCGCUCGUCCUGGACCUCCAUCAGACGCAGCUUCCUGACGUCCGACCGCACCCGCACAGGAAGCGUAUCCGUGCAGGACUUCAGGAAGGUGCUGCGUCAUUUCAGCGUGAGUCUGUCAGAAGAGGAGUUCUUCCACCUCAGCUCUUAUUAUGAUGCAAACACCGCAGGGAAAAUCUGCUACAACAACUUCCUCUGGGCGUUCCUGCAUUGACCUUCUAUAGCAGCUGGGUUCCCAACCAGGCAAAACUUCAGGGGCUCCAAAGAACCCAGGUUUACUGUGUGACAACUUCUUUGUGGUAAUUUGAUUAGUAAUUGCAGAAUUGUUCAUUAAUAUGCACAACAAAGCCACAAUACAAACUGAAAUGGUGAGCGGCUACAGAUGGUAAAUCUUAAAGUAAAACAAAUCUUAAAGCAAUAGUUCAACAUUUUGGAAAACACACUUAUUAACAUUCUUGUUGAGAGUUAGAUAAGAGAUGACUGAGAUGACUUCAGGUUGUCACUGCACCCGGACAAGAAAUUGACAUAAGACAUAACCCACCAUAUAACCAAAGCUUGUGGUUUUUACACUAGGGUUUAUGUAAAGUGCUUGAUGCCUUUAUGCUAAGCUAAGCUAACCGUCUCCUGGCUGUAGUUUCAUAUUUAGGGUACAGAUGAGAGGGGUGUCAAAAUUCUCAUCUAACUCUCAGCAAGAAAGUGAAUAAGCCAAUAAGAGAAAUUUGAUUCAAUCCUUUAGAUCUGAUUAGAUCACUCAAGAGUGGGCAUAGUUAACCUGUACAGAAAUACUGAGCUAUAGAAAACUGUUAGCCUCCACAUCUGCCUUCAGCCAUGUUGUUAGUUCAAGAGGCAGAUACAUUGUAACUGUAAAGAAAAAAGCUUCUUCCAACUGACAUCCAAAAGCACAAUUCAGUUGCUCUGCUAGCUAUGAUGAGCCACAAGCUAACAGUCAAGUGCAGGUUAGCGCUAGUCAGCCCAAAUCACAUUUGGUUGAAUAAAUUUAUGUUUCCGUCACCGAGUUGAAUUGAGUCAUCAAACAUACUUAAACACCAAGAGGUAACUAAAGAGUUAACACAGGGACAUGGGAUUAGAACUUGGAAAAUGUAGUUUUCUUAAGUAUUUCUCUAUUAACAUUAAAUAUUCAUGACUAAGUAAGCAACAAUCAAAGCUAAAGUUAAAAAGAGAAAAACAAACACUGGAAGAGUUUAACACUCAAAAAGCCAAUCAUCUUUAUGAGGAUGGCGUGGUUGUAAAUCACCUUCUUCAAACAGGGCCCCACUGAGCGGAGGCAAAAAAAAUCACAUCAAUCUCCUUUAACUGAUAUACUAAAAUUUACAAUAGUGUGUUCAUGUAGGAUCCCAUUACUGAAAACUAGGGCCUUAAAGGUUGUCUUGUAGAAAGGUUCUGUUUUAAAAUAUAAUUUUAAUACGUUCAAUACUUCAGUAAAUAUUAUGCCUACAUGGUGCAUAUUCUUAAAGACUCCCUCCACUCAAAAAUGUGUUUUUCUUCUUGUUUCUACAGUUGAAUGUUAAAGCUUCUUUGUGCAGAAUGAUGUAUGUACAGAGUUUGACACUAGAAGGCUGUUUUCACAUUCAUCUACUGAAAGUGUAAAGUUUCUCUGUGCUCACUGAAAAUCUGAUUUUAAGGGAUGGACCUAUGAGCAUCUUUAAAUAAAUUUGCACAGGAUCAAAUUAUCCCAACCAAGCUUGGGAAGGGGAGGGGGAGUAGGGGUCCGCAGCUCAUUUCUGCUCUCGUCCCCCUUGUGGGUUAAUCCGGUUCUGGCUGCAAGAGUUAAGAAUUCAAAUGUGAUCUGUGACUGAUACAACAAAUGGAUCCAUCAAAGGAACUGAACAGAGAAACAUGGAAAAAUAAAGGCUAACAAGUAGAGAUUGAUAAAUGACUCUUCCCUCUGUAUUUUCCACCCUCUAACUGCUGCCUGGCUAUUUGACACUGAUUUGUGUUCCAAAGCCAGUCAAAUAAAGUGCCUUUUUAAUGAUGCAGACGUUAAGAAGCACGGCCGCAUCUUUCCUUCAGAUGGGAAGUGUGAAGUGAGAUAGAUGACAAGGAGAUAGAGAGGACGCCUGUCAUUCAUUCGAAGGAAACGCAGCCGCAGCAAGAUACAAAGUGGUACUGACAGAGAAAGAGAACUUGGAGUCAUUAUCUGAGGAGGCUAAGAGAACGACGAGCAGAUGGAAAUGGAAAAGAGAUGAUCAGAACUGAGAAAAAGAGCUCACUAUUGUGGCUGGAGAGGCAGAGUGAGGAAAAAAAAAGAGGGAGGGAGGGAGAGAGCUGCAGGAAGACAAGAGUAUAUGAAAGCUAGUUGUAUUAAUGGCAAAGUAAAAAGCCGCCUGCGAAUAAAUUACCCAGUCUCCCCCGGGAUUACUAAUGUAAUUAUUUGAACGAGGGUUCUCAUUAGAAUGUGCAGAGGUGUGGAAGACCUGCGGAACAAAAUGGGAGACAGAGACGGAGCGGCAAGGGUUUAGCUACUGGAAAUUAACUCUGUGCUCUGGGCUCUAUAAUUGAUACGAGACACAGAUACCUUUGAUUGGAACAAAAGGGAAGAACCAGGACGAAAAAAGUUUCCAUCGCCGCCUCUAAUUUUUUUCGCUCUAGAAGAAGAAAUAAAGGACAGGAGAGACAAAAGAGAAGAGCAAUGAUGGAAAUAAGGAAACAUGAUCCACUGGUCACAGAUAAGGUUUUAUUCAAUCGGUGAAUAAUCUCUCAGAACCAGCAGAAUCCUUAUGGUUUUAAGAAAGAGAGGUACUUUACAUUUUUAGAGUUGUCUC